AUGUCAAGUGAAAAACGUGGUAGCAAGAUUCACGUAUUUGUCAUAAACGAUGUGAAGAGUAACGAUAAAGAAGAUGAGAAAAAGGAAGAAGUGGAUGAUACUUUAAAGUCCGAUGAAUACAAAGUCAAUGGUUGUGAUGAGAAUGCGUUGAAUACAGGAAAGGAGGAAUGUUCUGAAACCAAAAAUAAAGAACGAAAAGAUGGAGACAUUGGUGGAGACCAUGAUAGAGGCACCACCAAUUUGAUGAAGAAAAAUGAGGAAAUCAUAAGGCACAAAAUUUACCAUCCACAAGUUAGAAUUAUUAAAGUAAGUUGUGGAAAAUCUAUCAUUGGGUUCUUAUCGGUUAUGGGGAAAGUAUACUGUUGGCAUUUGAAUGGAUUUGACGAUUUUGAUAAGAAUGUACCGUACUUACUAGUAGGUAACAUUUUGAAAAAUAAAAUAAUCAACGAUGUAAGUAGUGGAGAUAACCAUAUUGCUUUUAUUUCGAAGGAAGGAGAAUUAUUUACUUAUGGUGAUAACACAUAUGGCCAGUUGGGAAAUGGACAAAGUGAUGGGUUUGUUCCAGAUGAUGCAGUAGGAUCUACCUUAGGUUUAACUACAGAAAUGGCUCCUUCUGCUUCUUCCUUAGGAAAGGAUGAAAAGGAUCGAGAGGAAAUGAAGGGAGAGGAAGAGAUGGGACAGGGGAAAAAAACAUGCCUUGGAGACUCUGAACAAGUAGAUGCAAAGAAUCAGAAAACAGAUGUGCUGAAAAAACAGGAUAAAUGCAAAGUAUACAAAAUAGACGUAGAAAAUAACAUCGUGAAAUAUGUAUACUCAAGAGAUAAGUAUACACUGUAUCUAACCAUUGAUGGACUUUUAUAUGGGUUCGGAUUGAUAAACGAACAUCUAAUAAAAGGACAAAAAAAUAAAUACAAAAGUGAGAGAAUAUUAAAGAAACCACAUCUGAUACAUACAAAUAAUAUAUCUUUUAAAAAAAUUUCUGUUGGGAAUAAUUUUAUUCUGGGAAUUGAUUUUCAUAACUUGCUUUAUUCAUGGGGUGAUAACACAGAUGGAGUUCUUGGACAUGAUAAUUAUGAAGCAUGUUAUGAACCCAGGUUAAUUGAAAAUGUUAAAAAUGUAAUUUAUGUAAGUGCAGGAAAAGUUAGUUUAUGCAAAACCAUUGAUGGAGAUAUUUACAUAUGGGGGGCCAAUUAUGGACCUAAGCCUAGUCUCAUAAAAAAUAAAUUUCAUCAAAUGAUUAUUAAUCAAAAUUUUAUUAUUGGUUUAUGUGAAAAAAAAAAUAUAUGGGUGAAAAAAAUUGACAAUUCAUCUCAUGGAUAUUAUAUCAACAAUUUGAAAAUAAAUUUGUUAUGUUCCUACGAUAAUUUAAUUAUCGGUGUGGAGAAUCACGAAGAAAGGGAACUAGUAGGACCCAUUCCUUUAGAUGCAAAAGAAUCAGAUUCUAACUUGACACAGCAGAAGGAACAUAAACAAACUGAUAAUUCCAAGCAGAGCAAAAAUAAUGAUAUUACGAAUGCACAUUUGAAUGUUAACUCAAGUGGUGCAUCUAUCGCUACCGAUUCAGUAGGUUUAGCUAGCACCAAAGAAGAAAUACCGAAUAAUCCUACAGAAGGUGCAGAUAGUAGCGAAAAAAAUAGUUGCAGUGAAGGAAUAAGUUAUAGUGACAUAUUUCGCUUUGAAGAAAAGGAGAGGAAACAGAAAUGCAACCCAGAUGACACAGUCUCCAGUGCAGAAUCCAGUGCAGAAUCCAGUGCAGAAAUCAGUGCAGAAAUCAGUGCUAAUGGGCCAGCAGAUUCUGAAAUGAAUAAUGAUUCGGAUGAUCUUAGGAGGGGCGACACAAAUGGUCAUUACAGGCUGGGCACAAUUGAGAAAGGGAUAAAAACUGGUUCUUGUGGUGGUGUAGAGGAUCUGAGAACAAAGUGUUCAGAGUUCUCGGAAUUGAAAUCAUAUCCUUCAUGUAACUCUAAUGAAAAUUGUUAUGAAAGUGGUGGUGACAUAAUGAAUGAUGGAAACAAUGAAAAUUGCAAUACACUUGCGAGACAGAGAAAUGAUUUCCUGAUGAAUCAAGAAAAAGAAACAACGGAAAAUAAUUACUAUGAAUUGUUAGAUACAGAAAGGAAGGAAGAAGAUUACUUUGAUGAAGAAAACUAUGAUGAAAAAUAUUAUGAUGAAAAAUAUUAUGAUGAAAAGUACUACGAUGAAAGUGAAGAGAAUUUCUUAUUAACAAAUUUGUGUGCAGAAUCUGAAUCUGUUAAUCCGAAUGCUAAACAUUGUGUACUCAUUAAUAAACAAGCAAUUGAUAAACAGAAUUCCCAUUUAAAAUCUGCAUUGAAAAAAUUUGCUACAAAUAAUAAAAUUAAAAAAACUGUCUCAUUUUCAAAUUACGUGUACAAUUUAACUAAAUGUAACUAUGAACCCAUGAAUGGAAUUUCUAGUGAUGAGGAAAGCAAUGAUAGAAAAAUGGAUAAAAGUAAUGAUGAAAUGAAGGAAAAUGGGGAAAAUGAUAAACCUGAUCAAGUGAACGAAAUUGACAAAAUGGAUAAGCAUAAUGAAUCCGAGAAAAUAGAAGAACACAAAAUAGGAAUACAAAAUAAUCCAUUUAACAUAUCGGAUAGAGACAUUACCAAAAAUUGUAAAAAAGAACAAAACAUGUCAUCCAUUAUUGAUAUGAAUAUAAAGUGCAACAAUCCAGGAAGAAGCGAUUUCUCAAAUUAUGAUAAUUUUUCUAAUGAUCUGAAAAAUACAUCAAAUGGAAAUUCAUUUUUAGCGGAUAUUAACAUGAAUAAUCAAUUCGUAUGGGAUGAAUCUUCAGAAGAGUGUAUAACCCAUGAGGAUACCUUUAAUAAGGAUAGAGAAAAUGCUGCUAAGACACAGACAGAAAGUGAAUAUAUUACAAGAACAGAGUUAUCAAAAAAUUGUAUUCCAAUUCAAAAUGAUGUUUUCACAUAUCAAAAUGAAUUGAAGAAAGAAAAAGAUAUUAUCAAAAAUGUAUCUAACGAUAUAAAUGAUCUCAACAAUGAUUAUACGUUUGAGAAUCAUGCAUCUGAAGGGUGUUCUUGUGGCAUUUCAGAAAACAAAUAUACCAAUUGGACAAACUCAAAUAUAUGGGGAUACAAUUUUACCAGUACAGGAUACAAGGAUGCGGACCAAUUUGAAAAAAAUUCGUACAGUAUUCUGAAUAAGGAUUAUGGUAUCAAAUAUAAUUUUAUUCAAAAAGCAAAUAAUUUCAGAAAUGGAAUUAAUGAAUAUGAAAAAGGAGAAGAAAAGGGAGAGGAGACAACAGUAGCAGCAGCAGCAGCAACAACAGCAAGAGAAUCCGAUAUAGAGCACCUGUGUAAGGUAGAAAAGGAAUUAAAUCCAACUAUGAUGUACAAUUGUGUUGAUAAUAACUCCUGUAGGAUUGUUACUCCAAGCGAUUCGACCGUGAAUACAUCAAGCUGCCAGAUUAGUUACAAAAAUGUGAAAGACAAUCAUUCGAAAAAUGAAAGCAUAACUGUGCACACACCUGAAUGGGGAGGAAAUCAGUUAAUUUGCGAAAGUUUCGAGAUCAAGCCAAAUAAAGAAACCAUUCCACAGCUAGCUAAAAAUAAAAAAGACACACAAAGAAUUCAAACACUGAAUACGAAUGGGGAUAGAAAUAUAGGCACAGGUACGAAAUUGGUGAUGCAUAAUGAUGGAAAGAGCAUCUUCAUAAAUACUAGAUAUUAUACAAGAACUGUUCAUAUUCUAUUAAAAAAAAAGACACAAUUAAGAAAAGUAAAACAAAGAAGAGGAGUAGCAGAAGGAGCAGCUGCAGAAGUAGCCGCAGAAGUAGGAGGAAAAAAUAAACGCUCGUUUCAAAAAUUGCAUUUGCACGAUAGAGGAAAAAAAUUGAAUUCCAAGUUUUACCACUCCAGAAGGGUCCACUUUUUCAAAAUAAAACAUUAUAUAUGUAAAAACGUAAAAUACGAGAUUGCUAAAAAAAUAGUAAAUGCAAAGAAUGAGUGCCCACCACCUCUUUGCACGAAAUCGGAUCCAUGGGAUGUCCAAAAUGAAUAUAAAGAGAAUAUGACAAUACCUGCAUCAGAUAUUUGUAAAUGCUGUGGAGGAUAUACAUUCCACGUCAAAAACACACAUACGAAAGAAAAAUCAAACAACAGUAAUCAAAUGAAGGAAACAUUGAUUACUAAAGGAGAUAGAGAUUCUGCUAAGAAGAUAUUUGUAUCGAAGAAUAAAAAAAAAAAUACAACUUGUAAUUUAAAACCUAUUUUGAAGGAAAAGAAGAUCGUGGGAAAACUUGAAAACUCAGAUAAUGGAACAAAAGGUGUGAUUUGUAAAAUGGGUAUGAAACAAAUUAUAUCCAAGAGUAUGGAAAAGAGUAUGGAAAAAUCUACAUGCAGUGCUAAAAAUAUGACGACUUCAAAAAAUGAAAAAAACAGUGUAAACAAAAACAAAAAAAAAAAAAAUAAUGAGCAAAAGGAGAAAAAUUUUAUGACAUGUUCAGAUGAUAAUGUUUCAAAUAAAAAUUUCAUACAGGAAAAUCACAGUGAAAAAAAUAUCAUAACCAAAAUAAAACGAAAUUCAUCCAUGUCGAACAUCCACAAUAAUUUAUAUAUCGAUCCAAAUGCAGAUCAAAAUGCGGAUCAAAAUGAGGAUCAAAAUGAGGAUCAAAAUGAGAAAUUUGCAACAUUGAAAAAAAAAAAAGAAUAUUUUUCCGAUUCUGAAAAUAUAUCUAAAUUUGUUUCCCGUUCGAGGUCAGGGGAUAUUUCAAAUUUAUGUUCAUCAAAAAAAUGUUUUGAGAAUGAAUCGUACACCCGUUGUUUUAACAAUAUCACAUGUAAGACGAGAAAACAAAAAUGCAAAGAAAAUGUUUUACAAUGUCAACAGGUGAAGGAAGAAAAGGAUAUUAAUUCUGGAAAUGAUAAACAUCCAGAUUUAGAAAAUGAUAACAGCGGUUUCUUAAGAGAAACAGAAAAAAAUAAUCAUGUAUGCAGCAGUUUAACAAGAAAAAAAGCAACAAAAUUUCAAGCUGAGGUUAGAAGCAAGCCUGCACCAGAGAUUAGGAGCCAUUCCACACUAGAAACCAAAAACAAAUCUUCAGGGAAGAAACAAUUAAGUCGAACCGAAUGGACAAGUGAUACUGGGAUUGUCGAAUGUAACAAAGGAGAUAAUUUUCUUGGAGACAAAGGAGAAAUAAGCAAUAAUAAUAUGAAAAAAUAUUCCAAUACAAAUAUAAGAAACAAAGGACGUAUUAAUUCCACGCAGAAGAAAGUUAAAAAAAGUACAAUCGAGGACACCACACUGUGUCUUUAUAAUCAAAAUAAUAUGAAGGAAAAAAAAUUAGGACAAACAAAAAAAAAACCAUGCAUUAAGAAUAAGAAGACGACAAGAAACGUAAGCAUAGACAUACUCAGUAUUACAAAUAAUGAAAAAUGGGAUUCAUGCAAAAAGACUAUUAACACAAAAGAAAUUUCAAAGUGUAACACUGGAUGUGUCAAAAUAGAUCAAGGGAAAAAUCAUGAAGAAAUUGUUUCCAUAGACGAUGAGUCAUUGAAAGAGAAUUCUGCAUUUAGCUACGAAUCGCAAAGCGUAAAAAAUGAGAAAAAUAAUAAAAAUAUAAACAAGAAAACGAAAACAGAUAAUAGUGGAAAAAGCAAUAUAAAUGAAAGUAGAAAUGUAAAUAAUAAUCGAGGAAUGCUGAAAAAGCUGGAAAAACAAAUUAGACUAAUGAAAAACGAUGUAGAACUUGACAAAGAUACAAGAAGACACGCAAAUAAAAAAAACAAUAUUCACAAAAUUGAUAAGAUACAUAAAGAAGAAAUUGAAAUAUUCGACAAAGAAUAUUCCACAAACAAAGAUGAAAAGUGUGAACGUUUGUACCAAAAUGUGAAAGACAAAUUAGAUUCGGAUGUAAAAUUAAGGGAGGAGAAAAAAAAAGGAAAAAAAAAAUGCAUAAAAAAAUUACUUAAGGAUGUGCUAUUCAUUUAUAACGAAUAUAAAUGCAUAAAAAAAGAAAAGGAAGAAAAUGAAAAAAAAAAAAAUUAUCUAAAAUAUUUACUUGAAAACACUGUAAUAAAAACAAAUGAAAUGAUUAGGAUUAACAAAAAUUCCUUUCAACUGUAUAUCGACAAAAUAAGGAAAGAAAAUGUGUUUUUAAAAAAUGAAUUAGAUGAAGAAUCACAUCAACAUCAUUAUGACUUACAACAAUUAGUCAACAAAAUAACACAUUUGGAAAAAGUGAAAGAUUUUAUAGCUAGCCAAAAUGAGGAAUACACCAAAAGAAAUAUGACAUUAACAAUCGAAUGCGAUAAAUAUAAAAAAAAAGAAAUGGAAACUCGUAGCAUUGCUGAUAACUAUAAACGAAAUUUAGAAAAAGAAAAAAAUAAAAAAAAAUACAUACUCAGGAAAAUUGAAAAUUCCUUAAAAUCGUGGGAAAUCGAUUACAACGAACUCAGCAGCAAGUACAACCUGCUCAGGGAGGAAAAGGAGGAACUAACGAAACGGAAUGAGGAACUAACGAAACGGAAUGAGGAACUAACGAAACGGAAUGAGGAGCCAACGAAACGGAAUGAGGAGCUAACGAAACGGAAUGAGGAGCUAACGAAACGGAAUGAGGAGCUAACGAAACGAAGUGAGCAGUUAGAGAAACUAAAUGAGGAGCUGUCAAAACGGAAUGAGCAGUUAGAGAAACUAAAUGAGGAGCUGUCUAAGCGCUGCGAUAAUUUGUCAAAGAUGUACAAUCAAGUGAGCGAAGAAGUUAUCUUACUUAAGAGAGAAAUAAAUGGAGAGGAGAGAGUAGGCAGGGAGAGGGUAGAAAAAGUGGAUUACUUAGGUGGUAAAUAUACAUCAAAUAAAAAAAACAUAAAUAACAAACAACAUAAGAUUCUUAUGACUAGGAAUAAUGGAAGUAAUGCAAAAGGAUGGAAUGAUGGAUCAUCCGAUAACCAUGAAAGAAUGACAGAAAAUAAGGGAAGACAGAAAGAGGGGGAAAAACAUAUUUUACAUUUGAAACGUGAGAAUGAAGAAGAGGAAAUAAAAAAGAAAAAAAAGGCAAUUCAUGAAAAGGAUACAGAUUUAUCAAAAACUUUGGAAUUUUUAAAAGAUAAAUUAAAACAGAAUUGGAAAAAUUUCAAAAACCAAGAUUCAUUAGUAGAAACAAUUCUUGAAGAGGUAAUUAAGAUGGCAUUUAACAGUAUAAAUGACAAAAAGGUAGUAAGAGAAAGUAAUCACAAAUUGGAAAAAACGGCAGUGAGAGACCUUAUUCAACAUGUCAUAAAAGGAGAUAUUGGAGAUGAGCAGGUAGUGCACCUCUCAAUAGAGAACACGGUGUGUGGUAGUAGUGGAUCUGCUGAGAAAGUUCAAGUGGGUGGGUUGAUGCAGGACGAGGCAGGACAAGUGGGAGUGGAAGUUGAGGAAGUUGGAGAGGUGGAAGAAGUUGGAGAGGUGGAAGAAGUUGGAGAAGUGGAAGAAGCUGGAGAAGUGGAAGAAGCUGGAGAAGUAAGAGAAGUUGGAGAAGUGGGAGAGGUAGCAAUCUCAUUUGACGAAUGGGACGAACGCAUUGAUUCAGGAAAAAGAGCAACCCACAGGAACAAGUGCAGUGAUGAGAAGAAAAAGGAAAAACUUAAAAAGGUUGUAAUGGAACAAAUGGAGGAAAUAUUGACUUCCGUUGAAAAAAUAAAAGAAAAUUAUUCGCACGACAGUAAAGAAGUUAGAACUGAUAAGAUGGAAGGAGACAAUUUGGUAAGUAGUGAAUCUAUGGAAUCGAAAAUAUCCAUUUAUGAUAUUCAAUCCAACGGGAUCCUUGUGGAUAAUGAAGAAACUCCCUUAAACCAAACAGUUGUGAAGAAUGAUGGAAAUAGUCAAGGUAAGUUCAGUAAGGCAGAAGAAUGGAACGAACAGAAGGAGAAAUUCACUACAUAUGCGAAAUCUACAAGUUUGAAAAAAAAGACACAAACGAUUACACAUUCGAAGUUGCAAAAAUCAAGGAAAAAUAAACUGCUGAGUGAAACAAGUGGAAUGUUGAAUAACAUAACAAAUGCAGUGAAAGGAAGUAAUGGAAGCAAUGGAAGUAAUGGAAGUAAUGGAAGUUAUGGAAGUUAUGGAAGUAAUGGAAGGGAUUCUAUGAAUCGUUCUGAUGGGUGGUGUGAUGAAGAUGAGGAGCAAGUGAAGCAAAAACGAAAGAAAGAAAAGAAAAUUUACAAUGGUAAAGGUGGUAAGGGGUAUUCAAAUGAACAGAAUUUAAGAACGAAAAUUAGAGAUAUCAAAAAGAAUGACAUUGAGAAAGGGAUAGAUUUAAAGAGAGCCAAUUCAUCAAGUAUCGACAUGCAAAAGAAUGUCCAAGAUGGGAUAUCAUCAAGUAUGACUAUUUUAAAAAAAAAUGCACAAUUAAAAGAAAUCGAAAAUAAUGGUUUUUUAUUAAUGCAAGAUGGCAGCGGUAUAAAUAAAAAUAACGCUUAUCACAGAAAUGCAAAGUUCAAUGAUUCAGUAGUACCAAAAGGGAAGAUGAAUACUAGAGGGAUUAAAAGAGAAAAAAGUGCAAGUACUAACGAUGCACACAAAGGUAAUAACCCAAGUGAUAACCUGAAAACAAAAAAUAAUGAACUGAAUGAUAUAUUAGAUUGCAUUUUCGAUGCAUCAACGGAUCAGUCAUCUCUCAAUGAAAACAUGCUAAAUAUUCAAAACUUGAUCGAGAACAACCUUAAAAACAUUUUCAGCGCCCGCGAUUAG